UAGAACUGAUUCGAGGCAUAGAAACAUGGCAGCCCUCAAACAAGUUUCAUUCUUAUUAUUGCCUCUGUUGCUCAUUUCCCUAUUCAAGUCCUCCCAAGCUGCUGGUAUUGCUGUCUAUUGGGGUCAAAACACCAACGAAGGGUCCUUGGCAGAUGCUUGCAACACUGGCAACUACCAAUUUGUGAACAUAGGUUUCUUGUCCACUUUUGGAAAUGGCCAAAACCCACAACUAAACCUUGCUGGCCAUUGUGAUCCAAGCAGCAAUGGGUGCACAGGAUUAAGUAGUGACAUAAAGGGUUGCCAAGGCAAAGGCAUAAAAGUGCUCCUCUCACUUGGAGGUGGUGCUGGAAGCUACUCUCUUAACUCAGCUGAUGAAGCCACACAACUUGCAAACUACCUCUGGAAUAACUACCUUGGAGGACAAUCAAAUUCACGUCCAUUGGGUGAUGCUGUCUUGGAUGGCAUAGAUUUUGACAUCGAAGCUGGUGGAGACCAACAUUGGGAUGAACUUGCCAGUGCACUCAAUGGCUUCAGCCAACAAAAGAAGGUGUACUUAGCUGCAGCCCCACAAUGUCCAUUCCCUGAUGCUCACUUGGAUUCAGCAAUCAAAACUGGCCUAUUUGAUUAUGUGUGGGUUCAGUUCUACAACAACGCUCAAUGCCAAUACACAAGUGGAAACACUAACAAUCUCAUUAGUGCAUGGAACCAGUGGACCUCAAGCCAAGCUAAACAAGUAUUUUUGGGGGUACCAGCGUCUCAGGCUGCUGCUCCAAGCGGUGGUUUUAUUCCUGCUGAUGUGCUAACUUCGCAGGUUCUUCCUGCUAUCAAGGGUUCACCCAAGUACGGUGGAGUCAUGAUUUGGGACAGAUACAAUGACGUCCAAAACGGAUAUAGUAAUGCUAUUAAGGGCAGUGUUUAAUUAGUUCGAGGUUGAAUAAUCGAUCUGUAUCUUUGGAAUAAGUAGCACGUUCUGUAGGUUCUGUACCUACAUGUUGAGUGCUAUGUGAUCACUUAGUUAUAUGCGUGUAACAAUAAUAAUAAUAGAUGACCUUGAAAUAAUAAGACUUUCAGGAAAAUGUAGCUCCUUAUGAAAUGUCAUUUUUAUUCGGAUU